CUGUUGGGUCAUAAUCCUGACAUCGAGGCCGCUGAUAAUACCGGUGCAACGCCGCUACAUUUAGCUGUUAAGGCUGGUCACCAACAAGCAGCCGAGUCCCUGUUAAGCAAGGGCGCCAGGGUUGAUGCCACUGAUCACGAUGGCAAAAGACCCAUAGAUUAUGCCCAAGAGCGUUAUCACUCU